GUGACAUUUUUAUUUUUGUUGGUGUGCUGUGAAGCCAUGUUGGUGGACACCAACAGUGAGGGAUACCGUCAAGUUGAAAGAGUCCUAUCGGGCAUUUCUGGCCUGCAGGACUCCCGAGGCAGCUGAUAAGUACCAGCUGGCCAAGCGGCGUGCAGCUUCAGUGGUCGCUGAGGCAAAAACGUGAGCCUGGGAGGAGUUCGCUGAGGCCAUGGAGAAUGACUUCAAGACGGCUUUGAGGAAAUUCUCAUCCACCGUCCGGCAUCUCAAGAGGGGGAAGCAGUGCACCUUCCACACUGUAUCGUGGGGAUGGGGCACUGCUCACCUCAACCUGGGAUAUUGGGUGGCGGUGGGGAGAAUACUUCGAAGACCUCCUCAAUUCCACGACACGCCAUCCCACGAGGAAGCAGACUCUAGGUGUCAUGGAAAGUUGAAAUGUCUUGUGCAUGUGCCCGCCUGCGUGUGUCAUUUUGAGCGUUCAGUAUCCGGCUCGGAAGCGGCGGGGGAUUUUGUCGGACAAGCAGGUGAAAACGUGCUGUGUAGGUUGUUGAUGUCAUCUGGAAUUCAGUACUGCACACAAAUGGCGCCUCACCUGUUAACCACAGCAUGCCUUCUCCUUGCCAGGAUUGGAAUAACCCACCAGACUCACAUGAGUUCCUUGUAUACAUUUUUUUUCCCUCCGCGUGGGCCUCAAAUAUUUCCAUGCCUGACUUACUUGGAGAGGAACGUCAGGGUUGACUGUGAGUUUCCCGCCACCAACGAGUUACCGGGGCCCUACUGCGAGUACCGUCAGGAUAGCAGGCUGGUGGGCAGCACCUACCCCAACGCCGUCAUCUACGUGUCCACCGAGGACCGCAGGCGGAGCAACGUCAGCCUCUUCGCCCCGAACCUGUGCCGCCUCACCUGGGCGCCAAUGGCCGAUGAGAAACCUUACACGUACACGUGCAGGGUUUACCAAGGCACCAGCUGGAAGGAGAACAGCAUGGCCGUGCAUCACCGAAUUCUACCAAUCUGCUCGGCUAUCAGCGUAAUGUUUGAAUCGGCGCCAUGGCUUUUGUCCGUGGUGAUCUCACUCCCUGUGGCACUGGGUCUUCUGAAUCUAUGAACUCUCCCUGACAACACGACGGACCUGGUUUGUGACUCACUUAAAUGGCAAACUCAAUAUGAGAUGAUCAUGAUUUAGAACACGUAUUUCAAAACAAGACAGAAAAAAAAAAUACAUCACCAAAGCCUUAUUGUAGCACCUUUUUUCCAACUCAUAUUCAAAUCUUAGUUUUGUACCAGAUACAUCACCAUAUGUAUUCCGUCCCCCAGUGAACAUGAUAUGAUGUUUAUCUUAAAGCCACAUUCAUUUUGUCUGUGGCCAUAAUUGGGUCUUCCUUUAUCAAUGAGUCACAUUCAUCUAUGAAUUCAUCUACAAACGAUGCAUUAUGUUUAACACAAACACUCAUAUCGCAUGUUUUUUUCUUGCACUGAAUAGCUUAGGCGUGUACAAUAACUGGCCACAUUAUUGUGUACGCCUGCACAGAGCCAAUACAAUCCCCAGUAUCAAAAAAUCAACACGUCUUUGUUUGAGCUAAUCACAUAUAAGGAAUCAUCAAAAAAGUAAAUUUAGCAUAUUAGAUUAUUAGGCGUACCUAAUCAUGUGUCCAGUAAGUGUAUUUGCAUCACUUCAUGGUCGAGCUUAACACGGUCCAAAAGAAGACCUUAUCUUUUUUUCCUUUUCAACAUUAAUAACUAGUGGAGUCUCAUCUUUUUGCUAAGCUGCAAUUUAACAUUGUCCUGGAUGUUGUGGCUUUUUCACAUUAGUCAGAGCAGCACAACUGUGUCAUAGCAAGUGGAAUUUAAAUUGCAUUAGGGCAGGAGAUAUUUGAUGGGAUUAUCUUGAUCUUUUUUUUAAAAACCACACGACAGUUUUAAUACUCAGUAUUUCAAUCACUGUAUGGAUGCUAAUGUACCCUAGUAGUAAACUCUCCCCGAAGACAAGGCAAAAACAGUACAAGUGAUUGUGAAGUGAAAAAAAUGGGAUUGCCUUUAAUAAUCUUGUAAUGUUUAAGAUCGGCAUUAAACUACUCUUCUCUUAUUAUACUAUUUAAACACAAGGUACAAGUUUCAAAACGGCUUCAAAAAAAUAUUUUAUAUUGACAUGCAACACCCAUCACAUGUAUUUUUUGGCUCCCCCCCGAAUGGUUAUCUAUAAUUUUUAGGCUUGAUGCUGUGAGUAUUAUUUUCACAGAAGCACUUUUAAUAAAGGUACUGUAUGCUUUUUUUUUUUUUUUAAACACAGCUUUAUUUAAGUACAUACUAAAGUAUUAUCAAAUGUGUACAAAAUGCUAUAACGAAGUUAAAGCAAUAAAGACGUAAAUCCACA